AUGUCCUCGCCGCCGGCCCUCGGCGCAGACGCGUCGCGUCCGCGGUCUGGCAUCUUGACGCCAACCUCAGAGGGCAGCUUGAACCGCGACCAUGGAGCACGCGGCGCCUCACCGGGGGGCCACGGGACGAAGAUGGCGGAUACAGCUGCCAUGGACGACUUGAUGAAGCCGUCAAUUGCCGUCAAGCCAUAUCCGCCGAAGCUGCACGUCCAGCCACGCCUCUUGCUGCCUUUGAUGCUUCUGCCGCGAGAACAUCUCCCCUUGGCGUGCAUAGACUUCACCGCAAUCGACCACGGCCAACCUCGCUCGCGCUUCUACGAGUCCCACGUCAAGAUUCUCGACCUGGAGAGCCGCCUCGGCUCCGCACCGAGUGUCCUGAUUGCGCGAAACGAACCCGCGGGUACCGUGUAUGCCCUCGAGAGACAGGGUAAUGGACUCUACGUCAUGUGCCAGUUGGGGCCCUGGGUCGACCUCACAUCUCUGGCUGUCAAGGCAACGGCGGUCUCUCACCAACGCCUCCGGCGGGCGAACCCCGAGCGAAGAGGGCAGGAUACGGUGCGUGCCUUGACGACGCCUCAGAUCCAUAAGGAGCAGAAGAAGAAGCGGGCGGCGAUUGAGGCCAUCCAGUCCUUGGUGAGAAAGCGGGUGAGAUCUGUGUCCGUGCCGGCGAUCGAGGACGCUGCCAAUCCGACGAAGCUGGAGCAACAGACAGAGGCCAAACUCGCAGCCAUCACCCCGACUGCAGGUGUCGCUCACAAUGAGGAUGUGACAGCUGCCCCUGCGCCUCAAGAUACGGCGGACACCCUUUUUAACAACAUCCGUACACAUUAUUUCGACGCCUUGUACAAAUCUCUGGGAUCGCUGGCGUACUUUGCGAAGGGGCCUCUGGCGCGGGCCCGCUCUGCGUUCCACCUAGACCUCGAGUCUAACCUGGACAUGGUCGAAUUGAUAGAGUUUCUCAAGAGCCUGAUACUCACGACGGUGCAGAUCGACAAGAAGUAUCGGGAGACGAUCCCGGACGUCGUCUCCAAGGCGAAGAACGACGCCGAGAGCUCCGACGAAGGGAGCAAAAGAAGACAAAGAUCAAAGAAGACGAAAAUAGGCAAGAAUGGCCUCUAUCCCCUCGAGGAUGAGAGCGUCCGCAAAUGGUGGGCUGCGAACAAGCCAGAGCUGGGCGACGGCCAGACCAGCCACUCGGCAGCCCAGAUCAAGUCCCACAUGUCGCUGCUCCGCACGAGAGAGACACAGCUCCAAAUGAUCAUCAUCCUCGAGAUACUGGCUCUGGAACCGUUGAAAGCCGCCGGCGAGAACAGCUUGCCUCAGCUACCAGGACUUGAGCCCCUGCCUCAGCAGGACCAGACUCUGGUUCCGUCUCCGCCGCAGAAGAAGCGCAACAAGCACAAUCUUCCGGUCUUGGUAGACGUCCAUGCCGAUCGCCUGACAAUCUGGCAGUCCACUGCCUCGGACGAGCAGCUGCUCUUGGAGGAUUCGCAGGUGACGCGCAGUGUGGUCGAUGGCCAGGCCCAACAGAAGGCCUCUUCUGAGCCCCUGCGGGACUUUUGCGUCGACGUUAUUCUUCCCUUUUUUUCCGCACGCCUGCCGGGGCUCUGCGAUGCCAUCAACCGCAAACUCGGAGGGCCCGUCAUUCUAACUCCCCUGAAAUCCAAGUCGUCCAAACGCCCAUCUAGUCAACGCGGGCAGAAGCCCGGCGCUGCAGCCAAGCGCCAUGAACAACAGUUUGGCAGAAGUGUCUCGAGGGGUCCCAGCAACGCCAUCGCGCUCCUGCGAUCUGCAACCUCAACUUCGGUCUCAAGCGUCAAGCGAGAAGGCAGUGAGCCGGCCUCGCUGAAGACGCUUCCCAAAGGAGAGCCGAGGCCAUCUCAAAAGCCACCCGCUUUAUCCCGCGGCUUGAGCAUGUCUAAUCUGGAGGAUGCCAAAACAGACAAGAAGGCCAUGGUCGAGGCAGAGCUUAAAAACGCAAUCUCGGCCUUGAGGAAGCCUAAUCGUGAUGUGGUCGGCAGGGCGAUGGCCGAGGCUGAUCAACGCCGGGUCUUGACGAGCCUGUCAGCGAAGAAGAAGAGGAUGUCUCGAAUGCCGCUCGCUCCGUCUGUCCAAGUCAAGGCAACGCCGGUCAACAAUCGUUUCAGAGACGUCUUGGGAAGCAAGCCGGAGUUCCAAGAGAAUGAACCCCUGGACAGCACAUAUGACUUGUUUCCCCCGUCGAGCAUCGGGUGUCUAGUUCCGUCCACGGGACCUCGAGCGAGCCACAGAGAUGCGUUCACAAGCAGCGCGUCCCCGGCGGUGGAGCUUGUCGAAGGCACGCCCAUGAGGCCGUCGACGCAGGCGAGCUUUAUACGACGGCCGGCCAACGAAACGCCUGCGAUGCCGCCUUCAUCCCCGAUUAUGACGAGGGAGUCAGGCAAAAAUCCUUUUGUCAACGAUAAAGCGCGUGAGGCGCAAGGGCAAUCUGGCCCCUCGAUGCUGCGCGAGGCAAUCGCUGCGACGCCCGUAAAGCGAGGCGCGCCAAGACCAGGGCUCAACGGAAGCCCUGGUGCGUGGAAAGAGGUGUCACCGAAGAAGACGUCUAUUUACAAGCAACUUGGGUGGGAUGACGACUUCGAUGAACUUGGAUGA